AUGUCUCAGGUGCCGGUGGGGAGCUACCGCGCCCCUACAAGCCUCAGCAGGAGCGACCGCACCCCUACGAACCUCAGCAGGAGCGGUGCUUCAGCCCGAAGCGGUAUAUCGGUUCACUCCGCUGGAACCGGCAAUUCCAGGGCCUCGAGAUGGUCCAUCGAUUCCGCAGACACCGUCAACUCAGUGCACUCUUUGCAGUCUCUGGCUAAUCAGAUUAGCGCCGACCUAUAUCCACAGGAGAGGCUGGUCUCGCAGCUUAGGGACUGGCAACGGACUCUUAACCCUGCAACUUACAGACGACAGGUGCCGUGGCCCCCAGAAGUCAAGGCCGCUUACGACGAAUACAAAAGGCUGGUGCAUGUCUUCGCACAAGCGUGUGCAGCUUUUGAAGAAGAUAGGGGACGGACGGCAACGAUGCCUGAGGAGCACUUGGAGCGUGCGAGGUUGGCUGUUGCAUGGGGUGAGGCCGCAUUGAGCUGGGCCCGACAUGUCCUCGGAGCCUCAGGCAGGACCCGCCUGUUUAGGCCUAGCGCUUUGCCUGCUUGUGAUAUCAAGAGGCCUUACACAGGACCGCACCCACAACAACCAUCAAUCUGA